UUUCACUUCACGAGUAUACAUAUUUUCGGAUCGCCACAUGACUCUUCCUUGAGUGUUUUGAACUUUCCCUCGAAGAACCUCAUAUCUCUCUUUUGCUGACCCAUUUCCCUCUCUUUUUCCUUGUCUUUUCUUUUUUGAAGGGUUAUCCUAUUCUUUCCUUGGUAUUUGGUUUCUGUUUACCUUUCUGGGAUUCUUUGACCCAUAUUUUAAUACUAUUAUUAUAAUUUUCUUUUGUUUUGAAUUGGGGUUCUCUCAUCUUGUGUUGUUUUCUUCUGAGAUUCUUCCUAGACCCUACUGGUAUUUUUUGGCUUAUCUUUUCUAUUCUUUUGCGCUUUGGGCAACUGUGUUAGUUUUCGUACUAGUAGUGUUAUAUAUUCUUGGUGAGGGAGUUUUUUGCCCCUUUUUUCUUUGUACCUGUUUGAUGGGCUGUUGAUGUCUUUGGCGGUUGGUAAGGAUCCGAAUUCCAAGAGCAUGGGGUUUGACAAAGACGGGACUUUUGUUGACAGUGAAGCUUCAGAGACAAAAACAACAUCAAAGAUGCCUCCAAACGGUGGUAGCGUUGAAGGACAUCACCCUGGAUUCAGUAGAAAAGCAAGCGAGAGUUCUCUUUGUCCAACUGAAGAUGAAGGCGACGAUGAUGAUGAAGAGAGGGAGAUUGAGUUGGGCCCUAAGUGCACCCUUAAAGAACAACUCGAAAAAGAUAAUGAUGACGAGAGCUUAAGGAGGUGGAAGGAACAACUUCUUGGUGAUGUGGAUUUCGAGUCCGUUGGAGAAAAGCUGGAACCUGAUGUUAAGAUCCUGAGCCUUGCAAUCAAAUCACCAGGUAGGCCUGAUAUGGUACUUACAAUUCCGGAGAACGGAAAGCCUAAAGGCUCGUGGUUUACCUUAAAAGAGGGAAGCAAAUACUGCCUGAAAUUCUCUUUCCAAGUGAGCAACAACAUUGUAUCCGGACUCAAGUACACUAACAUGGUUUGGAAAACUGGUGUCAAGGUUGAUAGCACGAAAGAGAUGAUGGGGACCUUCAGCCCCCAGACAGAGCCUUACACACAUGAAAUAUCUGAAGAAACAACUCCAUCUGGGAUGUUUGCUAGAGGAUCUUAUUCAGCUAGAAGUAAGUUUGUUGACGACGACAACAAGUGCUACUUGGAGAUCAACUACAGUUUCGACAUCCGUAAAGAAUGGCAAUCAUAGACGACAUACAAAUGAAACAUUUACAGUUAAAUCGAUUUGCUCGUGUCCAUUGUUUGUCAAGUCUCCUUUAGAUGUAACCAUAGUUCAUUUACUGUUCUUAUUUGCCAGUUGCCACCCAUAUCAUCUACACAAUGAAGUG